CCGCCCACCAAUCCAUUCUCUCGGUCUUCAUCUACUCCGGUAUCUCAACUGCCUCGAUUGGUCGAGCCUGGGCCAGCAUGGCGGCGCCCAUGUAACCCGGUCUGUGCCGCAAAGGGAACUGCGGUCGCGGCGCGGGCCCCGCGGGGGUUAGAGGUCACCAUGCUAAGGGCCGCGUGGAGGGUGCUGAGUUUGAUUCGGACUCAGGCAGUCACCCAGGUCCCAGGCCCCGGGCUGCCGGGCGGUGGGAGCGCCAGGUUUCCUUCCAACCAGUGGGGCCUGCAGCCUCGAAGUCUCCUCCAGGCCACGCGCAGAUAUGUCAUCCAGAAACCAGUCCAGCCCAGGCAAGAUGAUGACCCACCUCCUUCUACGCUGCUCCAAGACUACCAGAAUGUCCCUGGAAUUGAGAAGGUUGAUGAUGUUGUGAAAAGACUCUUGUCUUUGGAAAUGGCCAAAAAGAAGGAGAAGCUAAAAGUCAUACAAGAACAGUUGAUGAAAAAGAUUGUUGAAAACCCUGAGGACACCAGAUCCCUGGAGGCUCGAAUUGUUGCCUUGACCAUCAAGAUCCGCAGUUAUGAAGAACACAUGCAGAAACAUCGAAAGGACAAAGCCCACAAACGCUAUCUGCUGAUGAGCAUCGACCAGAGAAAAAAGAUGCUCAAAAACCUCCGUAACACCAACUAUGAUGUCUAUGAGAAAAUAUGCAAGGAGCUGGGGAUUGAGUACACCUUCCCACCUCUGUAUUACCGAAGAGCCCACCGCCGAUUCGUGACCAAGAAGGCUCUGUGCAUUCGGGUUUUCCAGGAGACUCAAAAGCUGAAGAAGCAAAAAAGAGCUUUAAAGGCUGCAGCAGCAGCCCAAAAACAAGCAAAGCAAAGGAAACCAGACAGCCCUGCCAAAGCCGAACCAGAGAUACUCGGAGACAACCAAUAAAUUCUGUUCAAUCAUUG